AUGUUAAAUAAUCAACAGCAAGAACAAGAAGAAGAAGAAGAAAAAAUAAUAAUCAAAAAUAAAAUGAUGGAUAUUGAAAACUAUUUAUUUCAAUUAGACGACUUUAUUCAUAAUAUUCAUAUAAUUUAUGAAUUAAAUUUACAAUUAUCAAAUCAAUUUAAUGAGAUUGUUGAUGGUAGUUAUGUCAAUGGUCAAAAUAUCGACGAUAUUAUAAUAUCAUCAAAAGACAAAAAAAUUUGA